GCCACUCCCUUGGGUGCCUCCCUUGAGGUUAAAAGCAGCAGGAAUGACACAGGUGUGAUUGCACGGAGCCUUGUGAUAGACAAGUAUUCUGACCGGGACUGAAGUGAGGUUUUUACUGGUUUUAAAGCAAGCUACGACACCCUCUGAGAAAGUGAAACUUCAAAAUGAGCUAUUCAUACAAGACAACCAGCUCCAGUGUCACAAUUGAUGAGAAUAAGAAGAAAACAACUUUACUGAAGGACAACAGCUGGAUCAAGAGAGCGGAUUAUGAGGAUGAACCUGUUGACGAUGACCCAAACUUUGGCAAAAGCCUCUUACAUCACUCCAAAACUGGUCAAACUGUUGUGAGCAGUUCAACAGAUCCAGACCCUGUGAAAAGCACCAAACCUGAAAGCUCCUCCACGUCUGUGCAUGCCCUCUCCAGAAGGUUUGGUGUCCCUCUGGAUGAGUCAAAAACCAGUUCUUCCACCAAGACUUCCACCUCCUACACAAGAAGAUAUACAAGUGGGAUAACAGAUCCUCCCAGCAUGACCACGACUACUGUCACAGAGGACCCAAAGACGAGCACAAAAACCACAACUGUGACCAAGAACGGUACCACAACUGAGACCACCAUUCAGAACACCAAAUCUUCUGUCAUUACAUCUCCCACCAAGACGGAAACAUUCAGUGAGCGUGUCAAAUCCUCCAGCAAAGGGGCACAAUUACCACCAUAUUCACCGACCAAAACAACAACAACAACAAAAGUGACCUCAACCAAAGAAGUUGUGGACAAGCCUUUGGACUCUGCCCUCCAGUCUUCUCUGAAGGAUGAGGAUCUCACCAACUUAGACAACAUACCUUCCUUUACCACAACUGGGACUGUGAUGGUGAAAAACAGCUCUGAUGCAAUUGCCGAGGACAAUCUCUACGACACGCUCAUUCCCUCAUCUAUUAGAGACGGUGACUCAAACAGCUCAACUGUGACCACAACUCGUACUGUGACUGUGAAAAGUAGCCCCGACUCAUUCGUUGGAGACAAACUGUAUGACUCACUGAUUCCCACAUCAGCUAAAGAUGAUGCCAUGAACAGCAGCACAAAAAUGACCUCUUCUCAGACUGUGACUGUGACAAGCACUGCCAAAGAAAAAACCAAAACAACCACCACAACAAAGACUUCAUUUGAUUCCAUGGAUGAAUCAUAUGGCUCCUUCCUGUCUAAAACGAUCACGUCUGAUGUUUCUUCUCCUAUCAGAUCACAAAGUCCAGUCCUGUCAACACCGACGUCAACGCGCAGCCUCAGUUACAGCUCAUACACCGAUGACAUUCCCUCUCCCCGCACCGGCUCCUACAGUGACAGCUACAGUAAAACCUACUCCUACUCAAGACCAGACACCAGCUAUGAGUACACCAGUAUCACCAGUCCAUCUCUCUACAGCUCAUCAUCAUACAAAAGCAACAGGUUGUCAGACGACUCUCUGGCAGAUCCGAUCUACACUAAAUCCUCCACCAAGAGCGUUUAUCAGUCUGAAAGGCCACUGCUUGAGAAGGACCUGUGCACCAGCUGCCGUAAGCCCUUCACUGGUGACGCCAAGAUGAUCCUGGAUGACAUGAAGAUUAACUGCCAUGCUACAUGCUUUAAAUGUGAUGUCUGCAACUCCAGCCUGAGUAACAUGAAAGCUGGGGACAGCAUGUGGAUCUACAAACGCACCGUGCACUGUGAGAACUGUUUUGAGGCCACCAGAGAUAAAUGGCGCCGCUGAGCCUCAAAGAUUAUGCCGAUUAUUGCAUCAUGGUGGAAAUGGGUGACGUGGGUUCUUACAGCCUAGCAUUUUAAUGAAACCUCUUUCUGGGGGUGUUUUGACAAAUCUCAGUUACAUCAUAUCUCUGGCCUUUUAUGACUCUGGUGCACACAGCUGUAUCUGUGUUGUUGAGAUGUUGCUGCCUGCAUCUACCUCUAUAAAGUAUCUGCUUAUACUCUCUUUUCUCUGCAGCCUUUCAGGGGAUUUCAUGGCAAAACAUAUUACAAUAUUUAGGGCCGGGGGCUUUUUCUUUGUGCAAUAAAGGCUAUGCAAAUUCUUUACCAGACAUAAAUGAACAAAUGGAAAUGCCCCAUAUUGUUUUAUGUUUACUAAAAAGUUGUUUUUAACCUAUUUUAACUGAAUAUGCCUUCAGUGUGUGUGGGAAAUGUGGGGUCUAUGUUUAUCAAAGCCGGUCAGCUUUCAUUGGUCAGCAACGUGUGUGCUAAAUGCUGUGUAAAACUGUUAUUCUAUUUAAACUUUGUAAUCUUGAACAGCAUAUCAGACAUUAAAGAAUAAACAUUUUAUCAAAGAA